AUCCACUAAAAUCCACUAAAGAGCACUGAACAAAUAGUGACGCAUUAGCCAACCAACGGCCGUAUACAACUGUAAGGAGGCUAACAUUAGUGGAGACGUGCAGUAAUCCAUCCUGACUGAUCAGCUUCAUUUAUUAAUCCCUGCUUUCCUAUUCUUCUUAAGUACUUCGUACCCAUUACCGCCAAAUUUCAAAGCUCGAAGUCGCCCUUCAAACCACUACCUAUCGACACAAACCUCAAUUAGGUAGCUUAAUCAAGUCACCAUGUCGUCAAUAGGACCUCAAUUACCGCCGCACCUAACCAAGCGAAAACGCACACCCGAUGAUGAAUCUCCAGAGUCGCCUGCCGCGAAGAUACAAACGACGAAUCGCGCGCCCAUCAACGAAGACGAAGUAAACCUCGACAGCGAUGAUGACGAUGAUUAUGGCCCUUCCGUACCUCAAACAGCUACGAAAACUUCUAUAGGACCUACAUUACCACCUACAAAUAAAGACGAAAUCCCACUAGACGACAGCGACGACGACGAUAUAGGACCAUCAGCACCUCCACCACCUGCCGCCCCGAAACCCUCUAUAGGUCCUACACUCCCACCCACAAACCAAGACGAGAUCCCCUUAGACUCCUCAGAAGACGAAGCAGGCCCAGCACCUCCUCCAGCCCCAACCACACCUGCACCUGCACCUGCAGGUCCAUCACCAGCCCGCAUAAAACGCAUCCACGGUCCCGCGCCCCCACCAGCUCCCCUCUCCGAGCGUCCUCCCAAUCCCCCAAAUCCCGACUCAGAAUCCGAUUCCGACGACGACUACGGCCCCGCACUGCCAACCUCAGCAUCCCACACAACCCGUGCAGCGCGGGCACAGGCGGCAUCCGCCGCCGCCCUCGCCGCAGGUCCCCAACGCGACGACUGGAUGCUCGCGCCACCAACUUCAUCCGGCUACCGCGCACCCGACCCAACAAAACUCAAAUCCCGACGUUUCGCCAGCGGUCCACGUACAAAUCCGAACCCCAGUUCCGGGUCUAGUGGAGGUGAGAUAAGUAGUAUAUGGACCGAAACCCCCGAGCAAAAGCGCAAGCGCCUUGAAAACGCCGUCCUCGGACGCAACGACCCCGCUUCACAACAACAGACCAGUAGUGGAAACGGUGGUGGAAAUGGUCUUGGAAUAGGUUCCGGAACAGAAGCGCGCACAAAAGAAGAUCAGGAGCAACAAGAGCGCAUCCGAUCUUUCACCGAAGCAACCCGCGGCAAGAGUUUAUACGACGAACAUCGUGAUUCGCGGAGAGGACGUACGCUUGCUGCUGAGGAGGAGGAAGAUGAUCCGAGUAAACGCGCUUUCGAUAAGGAGAAGGAUAUGAAACUCGGAGGACGCAUUGGGACUGCGCAGCGCCGCGAGUUGUUGAAUCGGGCGGCGGAUUUUGGGGGGAGGUUUGCUAAGGGGAAGUAUCUUUAAGCGCAAUAUUUCUUGGAUUGAGGACCUGUCUUGGGUAUGUGAGACCUACAGGUUUAUUCAUCCACAUAGAGCGUAGACAAGUCUCUAAGACCUAUACGAAACCAGGAAAAGGGGUUUGAUACAAAUUUUAACUACGAAGAUACCCAAUUCUAUAGACACGUAAAAGAGCAUGAGAACGAUGA